CCAAACCUGAAGUAGUGAUCAUAUUCACACAUCGCGACACCUGACAUGCCUGUGUGGCAGAAUGUGAACCUCAAACAGAAGGCCAUCUUCGAGAUCAUCCAGCGGGAAGAUGCAAGGAAUUUGCCAUACUACCUGAAGGAUGAGGAGCUCGACUUCUUUAUCAUUGGCCUUGCGUUUGGAACCCCAAUAUUGCAUGGAUGCAACUGAUGGACAUUGCUCCUGAGAGGUGCGGCCCACAUGCCAAGACCUACCUCCCGCAGCUGGUGGAAAGGGACAAGAAUCCCAUUUAUAUUGCGCGGGGCUAUGCACCUCCAACCUACUCCAGAGUGCUCUCCCAACUUCUCCAAGGUCCAGAUCCACUCAUGAAGGAUGCAGGGCCGAACUGGCCCUCAGGGAGCUCAGGAGAGCUGAUGGAGUACAUCGUCGGUUGGCGGUGGCUCUACGCGUAUUGGGAUGGUCCCCUCGUGGAUGAGGUGGAAAAUGCGUGGAAGACUCCGCAGUGGCCCGAUAUUGCUCGAAGGGACUGGACGUGGGAAGGCCUUCGGAUGGUCUCGCCGCCCUACUGGGUGCCAGAAGAUGGGCGACCCUGGCGAGCACGCACGGAGGACGUGACAACACAUCGCAUGCUGUAAGGCAAGGGCAAAAG